UGCUCUUCGGGAGCAAUUCAGUUCGGGAGUCCCCGAGGAAGAGCUCGGGCACCUCGAGCUCCGUCACUACGAAGUCCCCGGGCGCGUUUUUGAUGGUGCCGCGGAAGCCGGUGUGCUCGGUCAGGAGCGGAGGAUGGGCGAGCCCGUGACGGAUUCCACGCGCGUCCGCUCCCUGAGCUACGGGCUCGUGCGGCGCCUGGCGGAGCUCAUCGACCCGCAGGAAGGGUGGAAGAAACUGGCGGUGGAUAUAACCAACCCGUCCGGGGAAAGCAGAUACAGCCAAGUGCACAUAAGGAAAUUUGAGGCAUUUGUACAAAUGGGAAAGAGCCCCACGUGUGAAUUGCUUUAUGACUGGGGAACCACAAACUGUACAGUUGCUGAUCUUGUGGAUCUGCUGAUCAGGAAUCAGUUCCUAGCACCAGCAAGCCUUUUGCUUCCAGAAGCUGUAAGGAUGCCACAGGAAGUUACAUUACCUCUUUCUUCACAGGAAACCUUGCCUAUACAUGAGAAACAACUACCUGUACAAGAAAAAAGGGUGACAUCUGUAAAGCCUGCUUUAGCUCAGAGUGCUGAGAAGCAGCAUUCAGAUUCUUCCUACUCAAGUGAAGAAAAAAGCAGCUCACAGUCCAGUAACACAGAUUUCCAGAAUUUUUUGUUUCAUGACUUGGAAAGCAUUACAAAUAAUUUUGAUGUGCGACCAGAAUCAGCGGGAGGUAAUAAACUGGGAGAAGGCGGCUUUGGCAUUGUGUUCAAGGGCUACAUCAAUGGCAAAAACGUGGCUGUCAAGAAGCUCAUGGCUAUGGUCGAUGUUAGUGUUCAGGACUUAAAACAGCAGUUUGAGCAAGAAAUAAACAUAAUGGCAAAGUGUCAGCAUGAAAAUUUAGUAGAAUUGCUUGGUUUCUCAAGUGAUGGUGCUCAGCCAUGUCUGGUGUAUGAAUACAUGCCCAACGGUUCAUUGCUUGACAGACUUGCUUGUCUGGAUGAAACUCCACCAAUUCCUUGGAAUAUGAGGUGUAAAAUUGUUCAAGGUACAGCAAAUGGCAUCAACUUUUUGCAUGAAAAUAAUCACAUUCACAGAGAUAUUAAAAGUGCAAAUAUCUUAUUAACUGAUACAUAUGUGCCCAAAAUUUCUGACUUUGGCCUUGCAAGAGCAUCUGUAACAUUCACACAGACAAUCAUGACUGAAAGAAUUGUUGGAACAGCAGCCUAUAUGGCCCCUGAAGCUCUGCGAGGAGAGAUAACCCCUAAAUCUGAUAUCUUCAGUUUUGGAGUAGUCUUAUUAGAAAUAAUAACGGGUCUUCCUCCAGUGGAUGAAAACCGGGAGCCACAGUUGCUGUUAAGUAUAAAAGAUGAAAUUGAGGAUGAGGAAGCAACUAUUGAGGAUUAUGUUGAUGAAAAGAUGAGUGACUGGGAUGUACCUUCAAUUCAUAAAAUGUAUUCAAUUGCUGAUCGGUGUCUGAAUGACAAAAAAACCAGAAGGCCAGACAUUAAGAUGGUCCAACAGCAGCUCCAAGAGAUAAAAACUUGAUAAUGUGUUUCUUCUGACACACCAGUGUUUCUGUAAUGGAGACACCAGUACCAAACAUUUAAUAUGUAUUUAGUGCAACAUUAUCAGUGAUUCUGCUUUUCAGAACUUUCUGGACACAUGUAAGGUGAGCUGUUGGCCUGUCAGCAGCUCUUUCACAUUUCCUUGGUCACUGGGCCCUUAACAUGGGAAAACUUUCUUGUAUUAACAAAUUGCAGUGCUGGUACAUCAUCUUCUCCUGCAACUUUUUAAAUGCAUUUCCAUAUUACAAUCUAUUUGAAUCUUUUUAUUUCCAUAUGUAGUAUGUCUGCUGCAAAGAAAUAUGACUGUAACUGGGCAGAAUAUUUUUUCUGCAAAUUGCUUUCUUGAUCAGGUUUACUAGGCCUUUGUCUAUUGAAGACAAAACCAUUUAAUAGCUAUAAUGGUAUUUAAUGUUGUCUUUUUGAGAAAUGACAAUUACCCAAUUUAAACAAGCUUCUACUUAACAUUUUAGCUUGAGAGUUGAUAUUAGAGUGAAUGGUCUGGUACUGUUAGUGAAUGUGAUUAUCAAAAAGUCUUCCUGGUGUUAGUUCUAGUCAAAUAAAGGCUGCAAGACAUUUUC